AUGAUGAAAAUGUUUGUGUGCCUUCCUCUGCUGGUUCUCUGGGUAGGCUGCGCUUAUGGGGCUGCAACAGGAAAUUCAGUGAGCAGACUGGUCGCAGAAACGCUAUCGCUAAUCACAGCUCACCGAACCUUGCUGAUAGGCAAUGGGACUCUGAGGAUUUCAAUACCAGAUCCAAAAAAUCAUCCACUGUGUAUUGAAGAAAUCUUUCAGGGUAUAGAAACACUGAAGAACCAAACUGCUGAAGAAAAUGUGGCAGAAAAAAUUUUUCAAAACUUCUCUUCUCUUAAAGAAUACAUAAUUGCCAAAGAAAAACAGUGUGGGGGAGAAAGAAGAAAAGUAGAGCAGUUCCUGGACUACCUGGAAGACUUUCUUCGGACAGUAAACACUGAGUGGACAACAGAGAGUGGGGAGUGA